GUCUGCCACGUCGCUCGCCAGCUGUGCUUGUCUCUAUCGGAAUCUUUCAGACUUCAUGGUGAUAAGAAGCCACGCUUUCAUCCAUGUUGCUGUCCGUGUGGAGCUGGUGGUGCAGCUCGCUGCUGGUGUCCGUCAGCGGGGCGGGAGCGCCGGAAGAGGAGAUGAAAAUGGAAGUUCUGCACAAACCUUUCAUCUGUCGCCGGAAGUCCAAAAACGGAGACCUUCUCCUGCUGCACCAUGAAGCAUACUUUGAAAACGGGACGCUGUUGCUCUCCAGUCGAACUAUUGGUGACAAGCAGCCAGUGUGGUUCACGCUGGGCAUCAGAGAAGGAAUAAAAGGCUGGGAUCUGGGCCUGAGGGACAUGUGUGCUGGAGAGCAGAGGAAGCUGGUAAUCCCUCCAUCUCUGGCCUAUGGGGACGAAGGGAAAGGUAAAAUUCCACCAAAGACUACGCUGACCUUCAAAAUAGAGCUGGUUGAAAUCCGAAAUGGACCGAGGUCGCACGAGUCCUUCCAAGAGAUGGACCUGAACGAUGACUGGAGACUCUCCAAACAUGAGGUUAAAGAAUACCUAAAGAAGGAGUUUGAGCGUUAUGGCCACCCUCCCAAUGAUACGCUAAAUGAAGAGAUGGCCAAUGACAUUUUCACCAGAGAAGAUAAGAACAAGGACGGCUUUAUAUCCUCCAGAGAAUUCACAUACAAACACGACGAACUGUAAAGAAUGAGUGUGUGAAGAUGCUUUAAAUAUUUUUUCACUGUUGAAACUCUAAAGUCAAAUUUACCUGAAAGUGACUGAACUAUUAAUAAAAUAAUGACUUUG